AUGUCCAUCGAUCUCUCGCUCGACCGUAUCCGCAAACUGCAGAGUCUGCUGCCCCUAUAUACUCGACCUACUUGCCAUAUUACUGGGACGAACGGCAAGGGCAGCGUGUCUGCGCUCCUCUCUUCCAUCUUCAUUGCCUCCUCUGCCGGCGUCGUGGGUCGGUUUAACAGCCCUCAUCUCGUUUCAGUCAAUGACAGCAUCACCAUCGACAACGCGCCCGUAUCCCCUGAUGUCUACGCUGCAGUCCGCGCGCACGUCGAACAGACCGAUGCUGCACAUAAGAUUGGCGCCAGCAACUUUGAAAUCUUGACGUGCACAGCCCUUCAAAUAUUUGAGCGGGCCUUGGCGGACAUCGUUGUUCUCGAGGUGGGCAUGGGAGGCCGGCUGGAUGCGACCAAUGUGAUUCCAGAUGAAGCUGUCCUUGCCUCUGCACUCACGGCGGUAGAUCUCGACCACCAAGCAUUUCUUGGCGGUAACGUCGCAGCGAUCGCUCGCGAAAAAGCAGCAAUUGCUAGACGCGGUAAGCCAUUCAUUCUAGGACGACAGGUACAUCCCGAGGUGCAGUCAGCCGUUCUCGAGGUUGUAGGUCAAGCAGGGGGAGACUUACUUACGCCGUCCAUCGUCACCGCGCGGGAAUGGGAUGAAGUACCCGACGGUCCUAAACACAUUGAUGACACAUCCUCUUCCUUUGAAUUCCGACCUCAGCCGAUCACGGCGCGUUUGCCCUGUUUCGUGGAACCGUUAAACGCUUUACUACCCCUACAUGGCGAGCAUCAGCUUGCCAACCUCGAGGUCGCGUUAGGGCUGAUCUCUGCCCUUCUCACACACCCGUCCUGCAUCAAUCGACUUCCAUGGUGCGCUAAUAUGACACGAGAAGCUAUCGCCUGUGGAAUCCAGAGGACAAGCUGGCCAGGCAGAUUAUCUUUCCAUAGGCUUGGGUCGACGUUAGUGCUCGCUGACGGCGCCCAUAAUCCCGCAUCUGCGCGCACAUUGGCGGCAUAUAUUACCUCGACGUUUUCCAGUCACUCCGAAGUAUUUGCUUCCGCUCAGCCUGCUAUCACGUUCCUCGUCGCGCUCUCGCACUCUCCACCAAAGAGCCCAUUGGAGACACUCGCCCCACUCUUAUCGCUCCCCGCCAACAUUGGUGUCGCUCCCUUGCAGUUCACGCCUCCAGAUGGCAUGCCUUGGGUCCGCCCCGAGACCUCUAGCACCUUGCGGGACGCCGUCGCCGAACUGGCACCGCAAGCGGAAUUGUGGGAGCCCGGAGAUGUUCAGGAAGAGAAUCCUCUGGCUCUUCUACGGUUCGCCUUGAAAUGGGCAGCCGAAAGGCACAAACGAGAGGGUUUGGAUGGGCUCGUGGUCGUUGCAGGUAGUCUUUAUCUUGUAGCGGACUUCUAUAGGCUGCUGGAACUUGGGCGCUCAGUGUGA